AUCCCAUGUCCGCGUCAAAUCAGUGAUUCCUUUAGUAAUUCAAUCUAUAAGUACCCAACAGGAGAAUUCGCCGAAUACGCAGAUCGAGAUACUAAUGCCUGAGUUUCCGGGUUCGGAUCGUGGGCCGAUGUGUUUUGGACUCAGGAAUAAUGUUUUUGUUGCUCUAUUAAGAUGUCAUACUUCAAUUUUAGUGUCAAUCUCUGCACCGAUUUCAUACAGCAGCAUCACCAAGGCUCAAAAGGGAAUGUCAGCAUUUUUUAGAAGGGUAAUGUUGCGUAUAUCCGACUUCUCAAAACCCUGUUUCUAUGAGAGCUUUUGUGGAAGCCAUUUUUAGGUCAAUUGAACACAGGAAGUUGCAAUUCUCUGCCGUUUCCUAAGUUGCUUACAAGAGUCCAACCUAAAAGAGGAGAAAUUCUUAUUGUCUUCCUCUUCUAGUUCAAUCACAAGUUUGUACCAAUAAAUCUACCAAGAGAUACUGUCCUUCCUACCUGUAUUGGAAAUUGUUUAUUCCUCCUCUUGCCUUAGUGGAUUCUUAUUUUGUAGCUGGCAAAUCCUUAAAAUUUGUAUUUGAGGGCAGAAAACUGAUUUUUUGUCUAAACCCAGAAAAAAAAAUGAAAAAUAAGUAUUGGAGGGCUUACAGAAGUGAAGAAUUCCAGGAGGAAGAUAUCUGGGAAGUGAUCAAACAAGAAGAUAAUACUGGGUUUAAGAACAAUGAUCAUCUAAGCUCUCCUCAUUUGAUCUCGAAACGGGUUCCUAGUGCAGCAAGAAUGAUCCCAGGCAUCAGAAAACAUCAGCAGAUUGAUGAAAAUGUGCACAUAGUGCAGAGUUCUGCUCCUGUUAAUAUCCCUGAUUGGUCUAAAAUCUAUGGUGGUACAUCAAGGAAGAAGAAUAUUGGUAGGUGUUCGUCAUCAUCCCUUGAUCAUGAUGAUGAUGAUGAUGAUGAUGAUGAUAAGGAUGGUAAAUUGCCCCCUCAUGAAUGGUUGGCUAAGAAGUUUGCAAAGAAUCAGAUUUCUUCAUUUUCUGUUUGUGAAGGUGUUGGAAGGACCCUCAAAGGUAGAGAUCUUAGUAGGGUAAGGAAUGCUGUUUUGUCUAAAACUGGUUUUCUCUGAUUAAACUUUUGAUUGAGUUGGUCGAUAUCAGGCUCUGCGUCAUGGGUUCCAAUCUUAUCUAGUUAUCAUGUUACGUACGAGUUGACAUUGGGAGUUGGGUCCUCAACCAUCUAUUUGAGGAAAAGUUUUUAGUUGAGUUGGUCGGGUAGUCAGGAUAUUGGGAGUUGGGUCCUCGACCAUCAGUUUAAGGAAAAGUUUUUAGUUUUUCUAUGUUACGAGUUCGAAUCUCAUUUCAACCUCCUCUUACGUAGGAUUCGUGUCUUACAUUUAUACUUAUAGUUCAACAGGCUCUUCAAACAUAAAAAGUUGUAUGUUUUUUUAUCAAGUUCAUUGGAACAAUAGUUAAUCGUGUUAAGAAUACAAUAUAGUUAGACAUAUUUUGGUACAUUUCUUUAAAGCUAAAUGCUAUAAAUUAAAUUGUAAAUAUAUGUGCAAGAUUUAGUUGCUAUUUGUUUCUUUUAAUGCACAGCUUCUUUUUCAUUUUUGAGUUAUGCAU